GAAAGUGAAACCAAGUUGAACAAUGGUACAGAAACGUUAACUAUCUAACCUAUCUGGCUUUAAUCUCACAACAGAAUAUUUCUUAAGUCAUUGUAAGAUUGUAGUGAACACAGCUGAUAUUCAUUCACAGUGCUUAAAGAGGGCAAAAUCAAUGGCAAAAUCUUCACGAGCAAAGAGAAGAAGAAACAAGAGUUUAAAUGAAUCUCAAUUGAUGUCAUCCUCCAGUGAUCCAAUGACUGAAGAGCUUCAGUGUUCAAUCUGUCUUGAUGUGUACAAUGAUCCAGUCAGCACUUCAUGUGGACACAACUUCUGCAAGAUCUGUCUGAAUACAUACUGGGACAACAGUGAGAACUCCAGCUGUCCAAACUGUAAAGAAACAUUCAACAAGAGACCUGAUCUCAAGAUUAAUACAACACUUAGAGAAGUUGUGCAUCAUCAUAAGAAAACUGCAGAGAAACCUGAAGUCCUCUGUGACAUCUGUGAGGAAGUAAAGCGGAAGGCUUUGAAGUCCUGUCUGCUGCUGGCGGAGAUGGAGGAGAAGCAAAAAGCAGCAGAGAAACAGUAUGAAGAUCUCAUUAAAGACCAGGAGCAGAAGAUCACUGAGCUGAAGAGAAGAAACACUGAACUGGAGAAGAUCACAAAAACUAACCUUAUACAGGUCACUGAAUCUCUCUCUUAUCAGUCAUGCAACUCUUUAAUAACUUCAUUGAGUUCUUAGUUACAGUAUACUCACGGAUUUAAAUUUUUGGUAGAUGCUUUCAUCCAAUAUUACUCUUAAGCACAUGAUUUUGGUGUUGCUCAUAUCUACUACAAAUCCGACUAACUACUCUUGACAAUCACAUCACUUUCACUGUUCAUUUAACCACUGUAUCAUCUUGGUCUCAGACAUUUUCACAAGUUAAUGUAUAGAUUGCACAGCUCAUGCAGAUAAGAAGUGUGUUAGACAAUGUUGAGAAAUCAAAUUUUUGAUUGUAGACUCGAUCUGGGCAAAUCUCAGCAAGUCUUUUUCUCAGGGGUAACAUCUACAAAAGUCUCCGUUUCCUCUCUAUUAGAUCUUGCUGAUUGUGAUUAUCAUGUC